AUGUACAACAUCACUUCCAGGAUGAAAAUGUGUGGAGAGAAUAUCAGUGAAUUUGAUAUGUUGGAAAAAACUCUCUCAACUUUUCAUCCUGAAAAUAUAAUCCUGCAACAACAAUACCGGGCAAGAGAAUUCACCUCGUACUCGGAGUUGAUGCAAAUCCUCCUUGUGGCUGAAAAAAAUAAUCAGCUUGUGAUGUUAAACCAUCAGCUCCGUCCAACUGGAUCUGUGCCAUUCCCUGAAGCGAAUGUUGCGUCAUCCAGUCAUACUAAAAAGCCUGAACGUGAACGCAGACGCGAGAGGCGUCGCGUCGAGGUCGUGGACGUGGAAGAGAAAGUGAUGAUGGUCGAGCGGUAA